AGGUACUACCUUUUCACGCUGGUGGUGAACCUGAGUCGGGAUACCUACGAGCUCAGGCUGCUCCUGGCUCGGGAAUAUUCUGGAAAACGUGGAAAAAUCCCAGAGGAAAAAUCUCUCCAGGCUCAACGUUUUAUUCCUCGGCUCCGACUCCAACUUUUCCUGCUGCUCCAGGUGCUCCGGGACAAUCCUCCCUUACUCCUGGAUUUCCUUCGGAAUCUCUUCGACCUGAUUAUCCCUCUGGAAAAACUUGGAAUGUGUCGGAGCAAUCCUGGAUUCCUUGGAUUUUGUGGCCUCGUCUCUUCCCUCCUUUCCAUCCUGACAAUUCUCCAGCCUUGGCUCAAGUUGAAGCCCUAG